AUGGAGGAGACUAAGAGCCUCAUCCGACACCAAGUGCCGUCUCUCCUGAUGGCCCACAGGCCGCAGGAAGUGCUUUCCAAGGUCGAACGUGAUGCGCUUAGAGAACUCAAGGCCGACAAGGACCUAGUCAUUGUGCCAGCGGACAAAGGACGCACCACAGUUGUACUGGACGGGACAGACUACCUUCAAAAAGCCAAAGGUUUACUGGAGGACCGACAGUUCUAUGUCCCAUGUGCAACGAACCCUUUAAAGGCGCUGACACGCGAAAUUAAUGCUACGUUGUUGGCCUUGGAGAACUAAGGUGCAAUAAUACCGACCGACAGACGCACGGCGAGACCCCAAGAUACGGCUUUGGCCCGAUUCUAUGGCCUCCCUAAGGUACACAAGGACGGUGCUCCUCUCCGGCCCAUCGUGUCGCUCAAAGGGCUCCAACGUACGGACUGGCUAAGUGGCCGUUCCGGCGUCUCAAGUUCCUGACCGCUGAGUCAGACACCACGGUCUAUUCGUCAGCACAAUUCCUGAAAAAAACCAAAGGGGUAAGCAUCCAUCCAAAUGAGGUCAUGGUAUCUUUUGAUGUUACAUCCUUUUUUACUUCUAUUCCACAGGACCUGGCGAUCGAGACAACUGAGCUGCUACUACAAAGCAAAUACGAUGAAACGGAGAACCAUCUUGGACACGUCCAAGUCCAUCAGCUCCUGAAGCUCUGUCUCAGGACGUACUUCACGUUCGACGGGACAAUCUACGAACAGGUGAAGAACACACCAAUGCGUUCGCCGAUAUCGGGAUUCAUCGUUGAGGCGGUCCUGCAACGGUUAGAGUCGCUGGUCUUCCAACACCACAGACCGAAAUUCUGGGUCCGGUAUGCGGAUGAUACCUUCGUCGUCAUCGAACGGGAUCAGGUGUUGACAUUCCAAGAACAUCUCAACGCCGUCUUCCCGGACAUUCAAUUUACGAUGGAGGAGGAAGAGAACAACCAGCUGGCCAUCCUCGAUGUCCUCGUAUGCCGCAAAGAUGGUGGUGAACUAAAAACCAAAGUGUUCAGGAAAGUGACAAAUGCGAUGCAAAUACUGAACUUCAACAGUAACCACCAAAUCAGCAACAAACGCAGUUGUGUAAGGACGCUCUAUCGGCGUGUCGAAACGCACUGCAGUGAGCCGGAAGAAAAAUUGCCGAAAUACAAUACCUCCGAUGGGUCUUCAAAGCCAAUGGCUACUCGCGCAACUUCGUCGGCCGGUGUAUACGCAAAAGGGACGAAAGGCCCAACUGCACGGACACCAAAUGUUGGCGGGCGCUUCCGUAUGUCAAGAACGUUUCGGGAGCUGUCGGCCGCCUUCUCGCACCACAUGGCGUUGGAGUUACACACAGACCGGAGGUAACCAUCAGACGUCUGGUGAUUAAACCGAAAGACCCACUACCACGGCUAGAAACGUCUGGAGUCGUUUAUCGGAUCUGGUGCAUUUGCGGACAAAGCAACUACGUCGGAGAAACCGGAAGACAGCUCCGAACGAGAAUGGCCGAACACGCUACAGCGGUACGGAGAAAUGACGCCAGCUCUCAAGUUGCGGCUCAUUCGACAAGAUCCGGCCACACAUUCAAAUUCGAUGAGGCCGAAAUUCUCGCAAGAGGUGACAACCGCGUGGGCCGGGAGCUACUGGAAUCAUGGUUUACUGGCCCCCAGUCCAUCAACACGUGCGACGAGCUUCCCAUUCCAUACUCCGUGCUAAAACUUCGCCUAGGCGGAGUAACAAGCCAUGCGGGGAGGGCAGAGGUGAACACUUCUCCCAACACCGGGGUCGGUGCGUCAGAUGGUCGAGCAAUCAUCACACCAACAUCCAACGCACGUGAUGAAAUUGCAGCAAUUAUCGACUCGAAUGUCUGCCAUCAAGCAAUGAUCACACAAAGUGCGACGAUCCCGAAUGAAGAAGGGAUCCGUUAAUGUUCAUAGGUGUGCGGUAGCAUGGCUACUGCAUCCUAUAACUACCGCAGCCCCUUGUGCAACAACCAUCCCUUUCUGUUUUUUUGUCUCUGAUGAUGGAUUCGAAUAGGAAUCCGAAACGUCAGGCUAAUAACGAUCUUGUCCCGGCGAUCAUGUCUCCUUCUUCAAAAGAUACAACUUUCUGCGUCCUUCCGCUCUUAGCCUGUAUUUUAAAAACUAACUUUUAUCGAUUUUUUCACUCACUGUACCCCCUCCCAUAUAAGCGUUCUGGCCUGACGAGAAGUUAUAGAAAGCGACGUUCGCUCGUCACUUAGUCUUCUCAAUAUAGCUAUGGGGAAUUUCACAACUCUAAUGCAAAGAUUGCUCAAUUGCGGCUCCCAAGUUUACUAGUACGCUUGAUUUUAUCAGUAAAAAUUGACCAAUCCUAGAUCCACAAUGGACCUUUAGGACUCAGAAUAAUGAAUUAGUUAAUAAACCUGGGUCAAAUGCAUCCCAUUCCUGUGCCAGGCCACAAAAAUCUCACAUAGCGGAAAAAUCAGAUAUGCCAGAUGAUAGUUCAGAGAGCUCUUUAUCUGUUCCUAUCCCUAAUUGUCAACUUACAGAAAACACAACAGUUGCAAAGCUCGCUUGCAUUCCAACCUGUAAAAUGCAAGUGCGUAGAGUUGCUUAUAAUUUUUUUCAACCUCACUGCUAGCCUGACACCCCAAAUAAUAAAGCAUUCUCCUUAUGCCAGCUGUUUCUCGAAAUCGUUAAAUCCAUCACGUAACAUAAAUCACCCCCUAAAAAUAUGCCUAAAAUUCACAAAAUCCGAUUUUUAUGCCUUCCAUCUUUCCAACCACACAAAAUAGCAUCCAUCUUCCUGGGUUUUGCCCAAUUUCUUUUCCAUACAAUGCUGCAUCUCUAGCUAGCGGUAAUAUCCCCACAAAUUUCAGACCACAAAAAUUUAGUUCUCCACCUUCUACUUCUUCUCUACAGCUUAAUUUUCCACCACCAGCUCUUCCUUUUUUAUAAGCAAUAAUGAGCUGAACCUACAUCUUAUGUAUACGCUCAGUAUGACCUCUCUCAGCGCAAGAUCAGUAGUGCAAAAGGUGACACAACUAAGAAGUGUGCCUUUUGAGGUUGACCCAGAUGUUUGUGCGUUAGAAAACCUUGGCUCACUCUCUAAUUUCAGACCCGGCGCUCGCUAUAGAAAGCCCCAGCUUAUACCGCCAGGAUCUUGUAAAGAAACGUAGCGGUGGUUUCCUUAUUUACAUCAGAACCUCAUUUGCACAUUCGCUUUAUGAAGUGGACAUUUCUUCCUUCUCUGGAAAUCUAUUUUUCCCUUCGGUAAUCCUUCCGUUAAUAGGAAAGCCGUAGUCGGAUGUGUGUAUAAUCCUCCUUGUAAUUCCUGAAAUGAAGACUACCUCUGCGAACUCUUUGGAAAAAUCGCAGACCUUCUUUCGGUGUUCAGAUAAUCGUAGGAGAUUUUAAUUUACCAGAAAUUGACUGGCACACACACGCUUCCUCUCCAAAAUCCCAGAAGCAUCUAGAAAUCACUCAGUUUUCAAACUUGCCUCAAUUAGUCCACUGUCCGACCAGAAACGGUAGGGUAUUAUGUCGAAUCGUUACUAAUGGCAUCCCCCCUCUAUCCAUGGAUUUCCAUCCUGACGUUUUUAAAAGCGAUCAUGCAUUUAUUUACUAUCGUCUACCAGUUACUAUUUCCGCAAAGCCAACAGUAAAACCUAGUUUUCUUGAAUAUGCUUAUAUUGACAAGGAGUUAGUAUACAACUUUACAAGCACCUUUGUUUGCCACAAUAUCUUUUCAAAUAAUGAUCUAAUUUUUUCCACGGUUUAUUACAGUUCGUAACAGAAGGCCUCGUCGAAGUGUCAAAAACAUUCCCUCGCCAAAAUCUUUGAAAAAUUAUCGUCAUGAAAAGCACUGACUUUUGAAUAACCAAUCAAGUUAUUAGCCCUUCCCAACAUGUUUGUUUACCUGACAGCUCUUGUGAAACAUGUCAUAUGUCGCCUCUCAAUCUACUUUCUACUCUUCGUGAUACUCAGUUAUCCGUGGUCGUUAUUUAUUUUGAUCUUAAUACAGCUUUUUAUAAGGUGCCUCUCUGUCUAAUUUUCGCUAUGUGUUUUCGGCCUGGUAGGCUACCCCAUCCAGUGGUCAUUCAAGGCCCACCUAUGACUGCAUGUGCUACCAUCAAGAAUUUAAGCCUAGGCUACACCAGUAAUCUUGAUCUAUCGGUAAACGCUUACAGAAUUACGACCAAAGCUGCCCAGAUUUGUGGAUUUAUUUCUUACAAUUUAUAUCUCCCGGAAAUUGAGUUAAAACUUUACCGAAUGUUUGUACUUUCGAUUCCCGAGUAUUGUUGCCCAUUCUUUGGUUUAAUGAAUGAGGCUAGUCGUUCAAAAACUAAAAAUGCUCAAAGACAUUUUACUAGAAAACUCCUUGGUAUGGAACAUCCGAAUAUUUCCUACCCAGAUAAAUGCCAGCUAACUAACCUAACUUUUCCUGAGUUCGAAGACUAGAAGCAGGCUUCUGUCUCAUCUUUCGCAUUAGUAAUAGUUCAAAUCUUCCUCGGAUUUCAGCACUUACCCCUGGUAGUCGUCCAUAAAAUCUUCGCAACUCUUUCCUGAUUGUACCUCCUCCCGCUUCCUCCACCUCUUAGCGUUCUCUUUUCUCGCUUCCAGGUAUACUUACCUCUGGAAUAGCCUUCCAAUAAAUAUAAGAACUCCAGAGAAUCUACGCACAUUUAAGAGUAGGCUGCGCCUUUAUCUGAAUACUGACUCGAUUAGCCUUCUAUUUUCCUCAUUCUUCCCGGAGAACUUUCUCCAUGACGUUGAGAAAAGGCCAUCGGGAAUUUAGAACGCUACCAUUAAAUUACCACGUCCACUUACAUUUCCUUCUUUUGCGUAUAGUUCCCCUUCCUGGAAUUCCUUUUCAGAAAUUUAAAUUUUUUUCGAUUUGUCAGCUCAUGCAUCGCGUCCCGCACGGGACGCAAUAUCUUUCCUGAUAAAUUCUCUCAAAGAAGUUGCGUGGCUGGGUUGACUUGCACGUUCUAAGAUGUCUCGUUUCGCUAAUUGCAAACAUACAUCAGAAUUUCGCUCCGGACCCGCGACUUCAAAUUCCCACCACAGUCGUUAAUUUUCGUGGAUCCUGAUGUCAACUCCUAAUUUCGACCGCAAAUGGUAUGUUGACGAUCAGGGCAUGAAUAUUCCGCUUUCGCUAUUUGCUAUUAGUUUGAUUGGUCUUCAAAGAGAUCUCAGGGUCGCAUUCUCCCUUUUACGCUUUGAUGACCGCCCUAACGUUUAAUGUCACAUUCCCGGCUGGAGUCUAAGCGGACUGUGUCCGAUCGUGUCUUGGUUCCUAUGCCUUGCGACUUCGAGGCGGAUAAACUAAUCCGGUUUAGGAGGCUCUGCCUUGACGGUUUACGGUUUGAAUCCCUUAUAAAAUACCAUGUGCAGGCCAGUCCUAUUCGACCAUCAUAUUUCCCAUUUCAUGAGCAGAAUUUUUAGCACCUUUGACGUUAACCGAUCCAUGCUCAUCUGAGUUUUUUCAUAAGGAGAUUUUUCCACUACUCUCUGACCGUUUUUAUAAAUAAAUAAAUAAAUAAAUUUUAAUUUAAUGCCAGUUUACAGGCAUUGUCAAGGGAAGCGAUUAAACACAAAUCCGACCAGCAGUGAAAAAAAACUCCUGAGCUUAAGGCAUAAAAAUAUAGUUGAUGGUGGUUUUUGUGGUUUGGAGGGCUCAGGAGAAAAAAACUGUCGGCGGUGGUAGAAUAUCGACCGUCAAGAAGAGGGGAGGUUGCACGGUAUCGAAGAUUAUCGGACGUCAAAUUUCUUUCAUGAAGUUGGGGAUAGUCAAAGUAGAGGCGUUGAGGAACAGCUGGUGAGACCGGCCAUAGUGCUCAGAGACCACAAACGCCAUCGCUACGGUACAGUCGAUCAGUAGAUUCAGCACCCAAAGUUUGUGGGAGCUUUUCUGAAUGCAAAAAUCGAGUAUGUAACUGUUUAUUCUACAACCGAAAAUUCAAUAAAUUACAGAAUAUGUCUAAUUGCUAUGACUGGACUCCAAUUUUCUUUUAAUAAAAUAAUCCAUUUAGUUACUUUUUUCCGACCGGUUCAACGGAAACGGCAUGGUUUUCUGAGCUACUCUUCCCUGAAGAUAGUUAAGUUAUGUUCGUCGCCCUUCAGUCCCGAUUUUAAUUCCGAGACCUGUUUCGGCCAUUCCAUUGUAGAGUAGUCCGGUUGAAAAAUCCGUUUACGUGAGUUUCUGAAGUUGGUUUUUUGGAUAGGAUGAACUUUAUUUGUUCUUUGUUCUCCAGCAUAAUCUGGAGAGGACGAGGUGAUAGUGCUGCUAUCCUAUUCCCACUCCAUUUUCCGAUCCGGAUUGCUUUCAGGGCUUUUAUUUCCACGUCUGGCUGAAGUAACUGAUUGAGCAGGCCAUGAAACGAAGCAAGAUCCUCGGAGAUACGAUCUUCGUAUAUAUGUAUAUUCGUGUCUGAUUGCAUUCCAUCCAGACAAACCCUAAACAACCAGACACAGUUGGCGGUACUGGUAUUCUUUAUUUUGCCAUUCCGGCGAAUUCUCUGUAUGAGGACAGAAAAAUUUACGUAGUCCUCGCUUGGACGCACACUUCUGUUUUCGACUGACUGUCCUGAGGAAUUCAUCAGAGCUGGCUAUGACUUCACACUCCUGUUAGGGUGUUUUCCCACACCUUCCCACGAGUUCAUGUAUUCACAUUCAUAUACGCUUCCUAUAGGGCACUUGGAGUGGCUGCGAGAACAAGAGGGCAACGGUACAGUGGAUGACGUAGUUAUAUCAUUCCUUGACAAAAAAGAAAUCCCUCCACAUUUAGCAAGAGAAGAAGGCGAGAUGGCUCCACCACAGGUAAUUUUUUAUGACAUCGUGUAGGUCGUCUUGCGUGCAGAUCGACUCUGCCCUCAUCGGCAGCUUACUUAUCUUUGUCUAUCUGUUAUCGAUAUCCACGUCUGUACUUACUGAGCUGCUACCCCUGUUUGGUGCUCCAGAGAAGACAUUUUUUCGCGCUUUUUGCGUUUUAAUCCUCGUUUUUUUGAACACUUACGCUAGCAACAUUCUUCUUUCAGUCAAAGUUCUACUGCAUGAAUGUCCUUAAGUCAGCAAUCACGUUUUCAAGUUGUCUUACUUUGAUCUGGACAUAUGUGCUCCCACAGCAUCAUUUUGCUCAGAACACCAGUCAGGGAACUUUCCGAGGCAGAGCUUGUAGGCAGAGCCCAACUUCAGGUAGCCGCAGAUGAAAGUUAUGUGCCAGUUAUAUAAUUAUCUGUGACAAAUAGGCGGCCUACCCGGUCACUUGACCCCUGAAAUGCUGAAGCUAUUUAAAACCCCGGCAUGGUGAUGAUUUUAAAGGCUUUCCCAUCCCCCAUGGUAGCUAGGGCACCCCGCAGUAACAGGCUGAACGUGAAUUUAGUGAUUUUUGCCGUCUGAGUUACCCACGGACGCAACAUUAUAGUCAUAGCUCACUACUUUGUGUGCACCGGAGGUUUGGUGCAUCUUUUAAAUGCAGUGAUUGGGGGCGGCUGUUGGUCGGCCCUGCCACCUGCCACUUGAUGCACAUUGCGCGCGUCUUUACAAGUUUUCCCAAAUUUUCUUUUCCUACCCAACUUUCGCUAUCCGUUUAUUUUUCCCAUUUGAUUUGUUUCAACCCGUUUUAACCCCGUGCUUUAUCGGUUCCUAACUGUUCGUUUAAUUUUGGCGUUUCCGUCGCGCAACUUUUAGCUGUUAAGGGUUAUCCGCUUGCUUACCAGAGUUCUUCCGAACAGCUUUUAUAUUUCUUCUGAGCACAUCACGGCUUGGCCUGAGCUUCAUACGAAAUGCACAUUGCUGGGCAUAACAGCAAUAUAGUAUUUUAUCCUUGCCACUUCCUGAUAGCAGCAGUAGCGCUAAGGUCACUUUGGCUGUGGUGUCACACUCCAACUCGCGCAUCGGUUGCGUACACCUGUGGACCGGACCGAGCUUCACGACUGCCGCCUAGCCUUCUGGGCUCCAUAACUCUUGUCCCAUCAAACCUCUCUCCUGUCAAGACGCAUUCAUCCGAAAGCUAUAGUCGGCUGGUCUUGCCCACCUCCUCCACCCGAAGUGGUUUUUUCCGUGCAGUUAGGGCUUGUUUGUGUAACAAAACCUACGCGUGCCGUCACACGGCUGACACAUGCGGUCGCGCUACAGGCGGAGGGGGUGUCGAUUUUUCGUGCCCGGAAUUUUUAUUCGGCGCAGGUGUCUCACGGGCGGAAUCGCAGACUGACCAGGCCAACUAAACUGCCAAAUGUCUGGGGCUACGAACUGCAGGGUGCACCUGAAGGCGAGACCUGCUGUCUGACCGUUUUGUUAGCCGCAGUAGGCUGAAAAGCGCAUUGGGUUACGAAUUGUGGAUAUGCUUCUGAAGGGAAACUGCCUGACUGGCCGCGAAAACUGCCGUCUCGUCCAGUAAAAGUGCUGACUACCACGCAACUCUUGAUCGCCUCUGAAUCGACAAAACAUGACCGAAGCAAUGCUGUCGGGAGUAAUUAAUCAUGAUUUCUCCUAUGAUAGGCCCUGCACUUUGAGUUUUGACUGAACCCUUUCACGUGGAAGUGUUCAAAUAAUGUCCAAAUGUCACCUUCCCUCUUAGCAAUGUACAACUUUGCGCUAUUUGAUGUGACAUUGCUUUUUGCACAUUGAGUAACUUGUUCCACCAAUGUAUUUUGGCCGAGGUGCAUUAAUGGAUAGCGAGCUAGUGCGUCGUCCCACAAAAUGUCUGUCCUCCCUGCGGUCCUGCUUAUUUAUCUCACCCAAAUUAUCGAACUACCCCUGUAGCUCCUAUAUUUCGGUGCCACUGAAUUUGUUUGGCCAGGUUUCGUGACGCUACCUCGUUGAAACUUUCAAAUUAGACUGGAAAGGUACAAUUAGACCCACUGAAAACGCAACGAAGAAUUCAACGUUAUUGAGUGUCAAACUUUAAUUGUCUUCCGUUUGUACCUCGUGAUAGCUUGAAUGCUUGCAGUGGAGCGAUUAGACAAACCAUAGUGUGUCGGUUCAAACGUACAUCUGAUAUAUUUGCUGGCCUCAAAAGGGGAAUUUCUAGCUGCGCUCCUGCAGUUGGUGGCAUGCACGCAGAAACCGAUUGUGAACUGCCUAUGCACGACCAAGUGCACAGAUCAUUUUAGAAUGAAAAACAUGGUAAUUCCUGUGACUGAGGUACAUAAUUACGCAUUGUGACUUGGUUAGCUAGGGCUGGGCUUUUUUGUAUACUUCAAUCUCAGAGCGACUAGAGCCCAGAAUGAUCUGAAAUGAAUCCUAAACACAUUUUACAAGAAGUGCUCUAGGUAGUUGGCGGCAGUCUUUCGUGGUUAUAGUAUGCCUGGUAGUAUGUGGUCGUGGUAGUAAUGCAGUAGGUAAAACACAAAAACUGCAUUCGCCCUUACAGAUUGCUUUCAAUUCUUUAUGGGAAACCGGCCUCUUAUUCAUAUGCCUUUACUGUCGUUAGCCUAAAUGUUUGCGUACUUUUUAUCUGUCGCGGCCGUUGUUCCGGUUGUCGCACCGCAUCUAAUACUUUUCCCCUUACGUAGCUGGCAAACACCCACACCGAGUUUCACGCUUGCUUCAUACUUUCAAGUAGGUUUUGGAUAUUUAUAUGGCCCUACCUUUGGACUCUGUUAGUCUUUUGGCACAGCAUCGAGUAUACGACAGAGUUCGGCAUAAUACACUCAAAAUCCCUCAGGAAAUCCUGGCUGCCGACUGAAUUCUCCUUAAAUUCGACGGGCAGUUGAAGUGUGUCACUUGAAACAUAUCCAAAAUAAGACCUCACUUGCGUUGGUAAAUUCGGCUUGGCCACUGGCAUCAGGUGCGUUGGAUCGACUUUCUGCUCCAACGGAUGUUGCAAGAAUGACAUACUUCAACCAAUGGAUUUUUCCAGCAACGUACACUUUUACCCACAGCGUUUUUUGUCCUAGAGGGAGGUUUGGCCUGUAACGGGAAUCCUUGUCUCCGGAGCGUCUGUGGUAUCCGUUCUGACUCCCACCUUCUUGGCAUCAAAGUAAUUAGCAGAGAACCGUAGUUAAAUUAAUAGAAAGUCUGUGUUACCGUGAUUCUAAUAGAUCUGAUUCCAACACAUUGACUUCCGAGAUGCCUUUGGAUUUGAACUCGUCACUCUCUUAUAAAAAUACCUAUUCCGAGUAUUUGCAUAUUCCUUUUGUAUGGCUCAUUCCUUACAAUUAUUGCUCCAAACUCUUAGUGUGUCGUUAUUUUCAGGAUGGUCAGACAAAAGUGGCGUAGUAAUUCUCCCUGAACCAGGGCAAAUCCAAGCAUAUAACGCUGUACAGAGUUAGCCUCUAGUAGCUUUAUGAAGGUGGCUAUGUUAGGGGACAUUCGGGAACCACGUCGACGGGACUUGAUCGAUAUCAAUGCCAGUCGCUGCUGUUUUCACGUCAUCAGCCGUCAAAGGGAAUUUGUGGCAAACGGACCUUGAGUUCACCAAUCAUGGGUGACGGGUUUGUUUAGUUUCUUUUAGGCGACACAAUAGUUGGACGAGACCUUGGAGAACCCUGCCUGACUAGAUGAAGACCUGACCAGGUUGAAUUCAACAUUUCUGUCAACGUCUAAAGUUCGAAAGAAGUACGUAAAUGGGUCAUGUGUCUACGCGAUUUCAUGCAUGUUUUGGUUUUUUAAACCCAUUUUCUCUUUUUGUGGACUCGAGGGCACUGAUUGCACCGUUUCAACUUUGUAAAUAUUUCGAAACCUCGGUCUUUGAAAGAAAAUACUACGCUUUUGAAGCGAAGAAGUCAGAUGCCACGACGUCUAAACUAUGCCUUGUCUGCGGAGGACUUACGUGAUACCUCUUUUCCUAGGAGCCUCUCACUGGUUGAACACUUGGCGCAGUAUCGCGUUGAGGGAGUGCUGGCUUCCGGUUGAUCGUUUCCAAGAAUUUGAGUUUUGGCUUCACAUGUUCCUUCCAGACGUUGCGAUGCAAUUCGAGAUUGAUGGCACGACCAGCUGGGAGCAUCUUACAGUGCAUUAGACUUUCAACAUUUUGUCAAAAUUGCUUGUGGUCCUUUGUCCCAAGUAGUUUUGUCGAACACACAGGCGGAUAUCUUGACCGCCUAUAGCUCACUUUCUCCGCUUAUGAAGCUUGAAGAUUAUCCACUUUAUCGAAUUUUACCGUAUAAUGUGGAAAUGAUUACCUAGUGGAUUCCGAAAUCGUAAUUUGCGCGUGGAACCUUAUUCCUAAAUCUACGCCUUUGUCAUUUUAUAGGGACCCUUGUGAAGUCCGCUCAAAAGACUGAGCGUUUGCACGUGACGGUCAACAGUCCCCUGUGGAAAUGAAAAGUUCACAGCUUUGCCGAAUCCGCCACGCAUGCCAUUCCUUGUAUUAGUCCAUUUAAGACCGUGAUUUUACUCAAUCUGUUCAUAAUCGAUUAUGUCAUGUGCGAUCUUGCUAUAUCAGUUGGUUAAGUUAGUUGUAUCCUUACUAGCAGCAUGUUAUCGAGUUGAACACCUGACUAGGACGAGGCGCAUUCACUAUAGUGCAUGUGAUGACAUUCGUCAUUAUCGUUUGGGGUGUUAAAAGUGAGCCUUCCAGGGAGUUUUGAUCGUCAUUAGUACUACGUCCUCAUCUUGUUUGACGCGGAAUAAUUAUGGGACCGAUUCAUCUUCGAAAUCCAGUAGGGCCUUCGUUGUCUCCGCCAACCGAACCAUGUUCAACACCAGGGAAUUUCGCUCCAAGAUUUGUCAGGUUCUUGCAUUACGGAGUGCGUGAUCAUCUCACGACUCUAGUCCCUGAAGUAUCACCACGAGGACGAACCGCCCGUGCUUUAUCAGUAAGUCAAACAAUUUGACCAAAUAUUCAUGCCUUGUUGAGACGUCCGCUAUGGCAUGCUACUGCCUGUGAGGUUUUCUGGAUUUUUUGAAGCUCCAGCCAGUUAUUUUCAAAUGAGGGUGUAUCAAAGGCGCUGUUAUUUGCAUCUAUACAACGAAGCAGUUAAAGAAGGUUAAUUCGAGGCUCCUAGUAAUUGCAGGAUCUUCGGGACGGUCAAUAUCUCACAUCCUCAAAGGUUAUAAUUUCUCAUUAGCUCGCAGUACGAGUCGCAGCCUCGUGAACGGGAGGUCUUGGUCAAUCAUUACCACUGCAGGUUUCCUAAGUAAAGCUGUUCGCGUGUAUUCGGAUAAGUUUGUAUCCGAGCGGAUCUUAUGCGGACAUCGUAUAAGUAGCAGGUGACUAGAUUCUUCUGACGGUGUUGAAGAGUUGCAAAAACCAAAACGUUCAGCACGGGUGCCAACAAAAUUUUCACCAAUUUCACUGCUUUUCGUAAGGAAUACCCUAAAAGUGGUGGAAGCUGUCCGCCUGAUCUACCGAUUUUUUCGCUGAUGCUUCGGAAGUAAGAAUGCUCCCCGGUGUCCGGAGCACAGACACCAGUUUAUUGUGUAGUUUUGCCUGCUACUGGACGUGUGCGCUACCAGACAAAAGCAGUACUAAAUCAUUCAGAAGCGUAACUCUGUUUUCAGCGCAUCCAGGAGGCGGCCUCGGAGACUGCUCCAAUAAAAUUCGGUCAAAAUCCAGUCGUCGUAGUGAACACCUCGAUAGUUUGUUGAAAUUGUAGAGCAGAGCACGCAUGCAAUUUCCUUAUAAUCUUUACCGUCUUCCAGCUAUAUGCUGGUUCCUUACAGUUAAAUUUGAAUUUUAGACCUAAAACUUACCUUCACAAGGACUCACUUGAGUAUCAACAAUGGUAAUGAAGUCAAUUCUUCUAUCGAAGUGCCUCAGGAGACUAUUCAAACCGCGUAUCUCGAAGCGCACACUUUCCGGAAGCAUAUCAAAAGAGGAGUUCGACAGUCGUCGGCUGCAGUUUGUACAGAAAUUGGGUGAAUAUUCUACAGAGACUCCUUUUACCUCAACUAGGCAUUUGGUUAUUAUCCCGGCUGCCGAAGUGCAGUUCAUGUCCCUUCACGUUCCUUAUGCAUUCCAUCAGGAUUCCUAUUUCCGGUAUUUGACGGGCAUUCUUGAACCCGGCGCCGUACUCACAAUAGAAGUGUCAGCCAUUAACUCUAAGUCUGAUUUCAAUGACAACAUUGCAUUCCUCCCGCGCCUCUUUGUCGAGGAGCGCAAUGAACACGAUCGUCUUUGGGACGGUCCCACCAUGGGCGUGGAUAAGGCGUCUCAACUCACUGGAAUUCAGGAAACCCAACCUCUGAGCCAUCUUUCGGAGUAUUUGUCGUCUGCUUUCUCCCAGCUGAACACUUCGUCCGACUUUAUAUGGUUUGGCCUGCCCUUCAUUGUGCGCAGAAAGGAUAAAGCCCCAGUGAACAGAACAAUUUUCAACCAGACCUCCGAGUUGUUUUCCAACUGUUCGUUAGACCCGAAGCAGCUUCAAGAUCCCGCUCCUUUGCUAGAUGAGUUGAGACUCAUAAAAUCACCCAAUGAAAUCGCUUUACUGCGUCGUGCCGCUGAGGUGACAACCUCUGCCCUUAAGAAAACCAUGCGGGCAGCAUUCCCCGGCAUUGCGGAGGCUGAACUAUGCACCCGUUUUGAACACGAAUCGCGAAUGAUGGGAAGCCGCCUGGGCUACCCUGCAGUCGUAGCUGGUGGCCCCAGAGCGAACAUUAUUCACUACCUACAGAAUGAUUGUAUUGUUGAGGACAAUCAACUGGUUCUCAUGGAUGUCGGGAGUGAGGUGGAAGGAUAUACAGCAGAUAUUACCAGGACGUGGCCCGUAAAUGGCAAGUAUAUUGACUUAUUUCAGAAUUUAGGCGUACCACGCUAAAGUUCUACGAGAGGUCGCAAAUUUAAAAGAACAGAUGCGUUCUGCAGGAUUUUAUCGAUUGUCGACCUUCGUCUGCCUUAGCCAUGAGCCGUUGCAACACAUGUCCUGAUUGCGGGCUAAUGUCGUUGACUUAGUCCGAACUCGGGGACUUAUUUUGUAGCCGUGCGAGUGCAAUGGUCCCGUUUAGUUUGCAAACGAGUUAGAUUUGUUUGCGAUCGUUAAAGGCCUUACCGGUUUUGGUAUAGCUGCCUCUUCGUCCUUCAGCCUCUUGAUAUAAAUCAGCAGGUGUAGUCUGUAGUAGUAGUAGUAGUAGUAGUAGUAGUAGUAGUAGUAGUUGUUGUUGUUGUUGUUGUUGUUGUUGGCGUCCAGUCUUUGCUUACGUGCCCAUGCAUGCGCAUAAUGAGUCAGCCACAGUAGUGAGUUCGCACCUUACGUAACAUAUCUUACUAGGGCCCAUUAAGGUUCCUCGCUGCUCUAGUUUCAAACUACCGUAGUUCUCUAACGCGCACCAAAUGUGUGUUAGAUACGUAUCUCCAUUAAUAACCAACCACGAUAACUAAAAUUUAUAAGGAGGAUGAAGUCCAGUUAUUGUUGUUGCGCAGGUGGUUUCCCCCUCUCGACAAGAUCGACCAUUUAUAACUCAAAUUAGUGCACGCUGAACAUAACCUCCGAUUGUCUAAACCCCCUAGUAAGCCAUGGAUCGGUGAAGGGGUAUUGCAUGAGUCGGCAGGCCAGAGGGAUUGUUUACUGUAGCAGUUGAGCUUGAAGGUGGACCUCUUCCCCCACCUUUGCGGCUUCAGCAUCGUACUGGGCGACAACGCGGCUUUACUUGUUAGCGGUAACCAUUUUCCAUGUGUUACUUAAUAUCAGUGAUUUGUGACCGUUUCUUGACCAAUUGAAUUAUCACCCCUGAAAGUGUUACCGCUUCACGACUCGCAGCUGCGUAUUUAUAAGACCCGAGAGCCGGAUUAUUUAACAGCCGGCCUUCGCUGAAGACUGUCCCACUACUUGUGGACGUCUCAUGUAAUCCCUGGGUAGGCUAAUAGACAGGCUUUGUUUUCUUGGAGGUUCUCUCAUCUUAAAGGUCAUGCUAGAUUCAGAGGUCGAAGCGACGAACUUCGCCGACUGAUUUUGGUUGACUCGUCUGCCUUUUUGAGUACUGCCCAAAAAAUUCACCAGUCUCUGUAACACGUUGUCUGAAUCACACAUUCUAAUCCUGAAUUUGUGUAUUAGAGACGGAAACGUUUAACUUCUAUCCCCAACGAGGGGUGUCAAUUAAAGAACUGACGAUACGAUGAGUGAUGUCGUAGUAGCGAUCGAAUAUGUGAGAACUCGAGGAAGUCAGCCGGAUAAAAGCCUUGACGGAUGAUGUACCAGCAGUAGAAUUCAAGAAGCGUUCUCGGGAACUCCUCGAUGGUCUGGAUUGAGGGUAGAUUGUCUCCCUCAGCGCCCACUCUGCUAUUUUUGCAUUGCUUUAGUAAAGUUUAUUUUCACAUAUUAGGUCGCAUCGUCAUAAUUCUCUCCGAAUUACAUCAUCCUUCAUUUUUGCGGUUUUGGUCGAUGUUUCAAAGCACCAAUGCCUCGAUCGGUGCGGUUGGGGAGGGCUUUAUUAAUUCUAUCGGAACUUCAAAAACCUGUAGGAUUUCACUAACCCCCGUUUCAUUGACAGCACAUAUGCUGUCUAUCGUAAGAGUUUUGAUUACCGAUUGUUCGCCACCAUGCGCCUGCCCACGAGUCCCUUAGCUGACGCUCAUUCGCCAACUAGGCCGAUAGAUGUCGUAUUACUGCAGUAUGGGCUUUUGCCCUGCCGGCUACGGCCAAAGUACUCAAAUUACACGGGUCUUGUUUCUCGUAGAUAAAUGAUAGCGUGCUUUCGUGUAUUUAAUGAGGUCAAUCAAAGGGGGCACAGAGAGAAAACAAUGGCUUCUGACAUGUCUAGUGCGGCGAAGGACCGCUGCUGCUAGCGUUGGAGUUCUCUGCUCGGAAUUCAAUCAGUCAUCACAGUUGCCGCCUCGCAAGUCCGAAGCGGAGUAGGGGGGGGGGGAGGUGUGAACAGCAUACUGGCCAACAGUACUAGCGAUGGUAGAAUCUUGCUCUUAUGCUGGCCCUCACCCUUUCCGAGCAGCCACUCUUAAACUUACCUCUUCCAUCUUCCCACCUCUCUUUCCAGGCCGGUUCACCAAGCAACAGCGAACUCUGCAUGAUAUCUUGGUGCAGGUUCAACGCGACUGCCAGCAAGCCGCCAGUCCAGACGUCAGCCUCCAGGACCUGUACGACCUGAUGCUGCAACGGAUCUACAAAUACCUGUCCGAGGAAAAAAUUUUGCAGUCGAAUGCGUCUGCGGCGGUUUGACUCAUUUUCUCCUUGUCUUACCUCGAACCUUUGUGCUCCUAGAUGGCCCAGAAAAUUUGUCCGCACCACGUUGGCCAUUUUCUCGGGUUGGAUGUGCACGACACGCCGAGCAUUCCAUACAGUCGAAAAUUUCGACCAGGCAUGGUGUUCCCUCUGGAGCCCGGUAUAUACUUCCCCUCUGAGGGUUCGGACACCCUCCCCAUACGCACAGAAUUCAGCGGUCUCGGACUUCGACUAGAAGACGACUUCUUAAUGACGGUCGAGGGAAGGGCAGAAAAACUAACCAAGGAACUUUCAUCCGACGCUGGUGAUUUGGAGUCGUACGUAACCGGCUUAUCUACGGACUAA